UCUGCGGCCGCCAUGCUGCCCGCCGCCCGCGCGCUGCCGCCGCGCCUGCCCCGCCGCCUGCCGCCCGCCUGGCGCUGCCCGGGGCCGCGGGCGCUGGGCACGGGCCGCGCGCGGCGCUCGGAGGCGUUGGCUGAGGCGCCGCUGGACACGGCUGCCAAGCGGUACUCGCCCAAGGUGCAGCAGCUCGUGCGGGACAUCGCGGGGCUCACGCUGCUCGAGGUCGCCGACCUCAACGCGCUGCUCAAGGAGACGCUGAAGAUCCCGGACGUGGGGGUGAUGCCCGCGGCGGCUGCCACCCUCCUGCCCUCCCAGGCGGCUCCUCAGCAGGAGGAGGAGGAGGUGCCGAUGAAGAAGGAGAAGACACAUUUCACCGUGCGGCUGACGGACUUGAAGGCGACCGACAAGGUGAAACUGAUCAAGGAGGUGAAGAACUUUGUGCCAGGAGUGAACCUUGUGCAGGCAAAGAAGCUGGUGGAGUCCCUUCCACAGGACAUCAAAGCCAAUGUCUCCAAGGAGGAAGCGGAGAAGAUCAAAGCAGCACUGGAGGCAGCAGGAGGGACUGUGGUUCUGGAGUAGACAUCCAUGUCUCACCACGGAGGGACUGGCACAAUGGCAGCCAGCCCCACUGCCACCAUCCCCUGCACCAUGGUCUGGGUGCUUCUGAGUGCAGUGGGAAUGCUCUCUGGAAGGGGCCCUGUGCAAGAAUGCUGUACGGUUUGGUGGGGCUGCCAUCUGGUCCCAGCACUGCAAUGAACUCUACUUCAUAAAUAGCCGAAAAACCCUCA